AUGUAUAUUCAUCAAGACAUUAAUGAUGUCCAGCAUCAAUAUUUUCGAAAGCCACAACAUUUGUCAAAAAAAGACGCAAUAAAGCUAUUCUUAUGGAAUCCUAAAAGUCGAGAAAUCUUUGGAAGGACAGGAGUAUCAUGGGCUAAAAUCGGAAUAUUUUACACAGUCUUUUAUGGAGUUUUGGCUGCACUUGUUGCUGUUUGUAUGUGGGUAUUUUUGCAAACACUCGAUCCUCGCAUACCUAAAUGGCAACUUCAUGAGUCCUUGAUCGGCACCAACCCAGGUUUGGGAUUCCGUCCAUUGCCUCCAGAGGAUAAUGUUGAAAGCACAUUGAUCUGGUAUAGAGGAACAAAUAAAGAGAAUUUUGAAGUGUGGACAAACGCUUUAGAUGAAUUUUUGCUACCUUAUAAGACGCCCGGUUCGAUUUCUGGUCGUGGUCAAAACAUUUAUAAUUGCGAUUAUGGACAAGAGCCACCACGUGGACAAGUUUGUGAUGUUGACAUCAAGUCUUGGGCACCAUGCGUUCAAGAGAAUUUUUACAACUAUCACCGAAGUGCGCCUUGCAUAUUCCUUAAGUUGAAUAAGAUUUUUGGAUGGGUCCCACAUUUUUAUAAUGAAUCAACAAGCUUACCUGACAUUAUGCCAAGAGAUUUAAAAGAUUUCAUUAACACAACUGCCAUAAGAGAACCACAUACUUUGAACACAAUUUGGGUUUCAUGUGAAGGUGAAAAUCCAGCCGAUUUAGAGAAUAUUGGACCAAUCAAGUAUUAUCCACGUCGGGGAUUUCCGGGAUUUUAUUAUCCAUAUGAAAACUCUGAAGGUUAUUUGAGUCCUCUCGUAGCUGUUCAUUUUGAACGUCCAGUUCGUGGAAUCAUCAUCAAUGUUGAAUGUAAAGCAUGGGCGAAGAAUAUCAAGCACGACAGAGCUGAUAGAAUAGGAUCUGUUCAUUUUGAAUUAAUGAUUGAUUAA